UGCUAAAGCUCAAAGCCCUGGACAAGUUAACCUGGCCGUACGAGAUGAAAAUGGACAGUUUGAGUCUCUUGAUAUUACCCCAUACUCAUCUCCUCCAGACCUACCUGAUGUAAUGAAAGUUCAGGAACCUAACGGCAGUGACGAGAGGCUUACCUCCCGCUAACUGUCCAGUCAACACACUUUAUUUAUUAUCUGGUACCAUGCUGCCAGCCCCCUCAGAAAAUCGAGGGUUGUCCUUUGAGGACGAUUUUAGCAAGCUCUUAGUUUGGCGUAGAAGAACACCUAAAUUUACUACAUUCCGUGUGAAUUCUCUGACAACAAAUCCUGUGCAUUUCUUGGAAAUCCUGAAACAGUCUCUUGCAAAGCUCGCAGAAGAUCGCUCCCAAGCUGGCACCAUUUCUGCCAUACCACCGGUCUGGCAGCAUCCUAAGUUUCCUGAAGCUGUGGCUUUUGGAUGCUGGGACAGAAGUGAAGACCUACCUCGACAUGAUUCGGAAGUAAUAGUGGAUCGUGCCUGUGGUGCUGCUGUUCUAAGAGGAGCUCAUGUUUUUGUGCCAGGUGUCAUUGGCCUGUUGCCAGGAGCUCGUGAAGGAGACAUAGUUAGUAUCUAUGCAGAUAUUUGUGGCGUGAGUAAACGAGGCUGGACUCAGAAGCUCAAUGAAAAGAGUCGCAUGUUUGUGGGAAAUGGUGUUUUGCUCAUGGACAGAAAACAGAUUUUUUGUGAAAAUGGAUUCAGCCGGGGGAUUGCUGUUCUUGUGACGGACAAUGAGUCUGGCUGUCCAUCAUUGCCUGAAAAUUUAUUUGAGCCUGGUAUGGCUAUCAUGCAGAAUCUCCCAUCCAUUGUGUGUGGACGUGUAGUUGAUCCGCAACCUGGAGAAAUCAUAUUAGACAUGUGUGCUGCUCCAGGAAACAAAACCACGCAUUUAUCUGCUCUGAUGAAUAAUGAGGGUGCCAUCAUAGCACUGGACAGAUCUGCAUCCCGAAUAUCAAAGCUACGCCAAGUUUGUUUGGAAAUGUCAGUCAGGAAUGUUGCAGCCUUUGUCUUUGACUCUGUGAAAGCUGUGAAAAUAGAACAAGCAUCUGGAAGUGAUGAUGAUUGCAACCACUCUUCCUUGGAGAGAGGUCCUCCUUUCUCCCCAUGCCUCUUUGAUAGAAUCCUUCUUGAUGCUCCAUGCAGUGGAUUGGGACAGCGACCUAAAUUAGAGGAAAUUGAUAUGAAGCAUGUGGCGUCUUUUCCUCCACUUCAAAAGAAACUUUUUAAAACGGCUGUGUCACUGUUGAAGCCAGGGGGGAUAUUAGUGUACAGCACAUGUACUGUUACUGUCGAAGAGAAUGAGGGGGUUGUGCGUUGGGCUCUGGACCACUUCUCAAGCUUGACACUUCUUCCUGCAGAACCUCGCUUUUUUAACUCUGCUCUUAACAAGUCUGCUUCCUCCAACAUCCUGUCAUCAACAGAACUGAGUUGUAUCCAGAAAUUUGUGCCAAGUGUUGAUACAGAUGAGGAAAACAACCAUUGUGAAAGAGACACAAUUGGUUUUUUCAUUGCUCGGUUUCAGAAGCAAACAUAAGUUAUUCUAAUAAAGUUGCUUUUUUGUUCAUGAUUUGA